AUGAGUGAGAACAACGGCAAUCCGCUGGAUUUGUCUUCACUAAGAAAUAAGAUUUCGUCAAAAUUGCGAGACAAUAACAGCAAAAAGGCGAAGAAAACCCACAAAGGCAAGGACGUGAAGGCCAGUAGUAAUUCAAAGAAGGUAAAUGAGGACAUACGUCGUGAAGCACUAGCAUUGGGUGCCAGCGAAGAAGAUCUAAAAUUGAUUCAAGGAUUAAGCGAUGAUGAUGACGCUAAGAGCGAACAGGAAUUUGAUGCCGUCGCUGACGAGGAUGCUGACGACAAGGGAUUCAAGAACGAUCUUCAAAAUUUCAUGAAGAAUGUAGGAUUUGACCAACACAAACUCGAAGAUGUAGACGAUGACGAUAUAGAAGAAGAAUCCACUAGCUCCAAAGAAUCUAAAAUACCCGCUCAAGAGAAGGAACAUGCACAAUCAAACAUUGCAUCAUCGACAAUAGAGAAAACCUCCCAAGAGUCAAUCGAUAAUGGCAGUGAACAAGAAGAAAACACAGUAGAAGAGGCUAAUCUUAGUUCAGACCAAGAGCCAGAAUCAGAAUCUGCAGAGAAAGAAAAGAAAGAGGAGAAAGAUGGAGGUUUAAUUACUCAAACUACUAUUAUCUCAUCUGACAAACUUAUUAUUCCUUACGAUAAACCAUGGUAUGAAAUUCCAUUGGAUCCUCAAGUUGGACAAAAUGAUGAUGUUGAAGAAUUAUCCAAGGAACAGAUUGAGAAACUUUUUGAAAGAGGUAAGCAAACGCUAGAAGCUGACAACCAAACUUACUAUGAGGAGUUUACAAAGGACUCAUCGCAGGCCAAGUUCAUGUCCCAAAUCCUAUCGGACGGUACCCUCAACGAUAAAAUAUCUGCCGUAACUUUACUCAUUCAAGAUUCGCCAUUGCAUAACACUAAGUCUUUAGAAACUCUGGUUUCAUAUUGUGGCAAAAAAUCGAGAAACUCUGCUUUACAGAGUUUAAACGCUUUGAAGGAUUUAUUCUUAAAUGGUCUUUUGCCCAACAGAAAGCUGAGGUAUUUCAAAAAUCAACCUGGCUUAUCUAUGAUGCUAAACAAGAAAACUCUUGCAAUUUUCUAUUUCGAAGAUUAUUUAAAGAAACUGUUCUUUCGUGUUUUAGAAGUCUUGGAAGUGCUUUCCCACGAUCCAAUUAUUCACGUUAGAUUACAAAUAUUAAAUCAUGUAUUUGAUUUAUUGACCAACCAACCAGAGCAGGAAUUUAAUUUAUUGAGAUUAGGUGUAAAUAAAAUUGGUGAUAUUGAUUCCAAAGUUUCUUCGAAGGCGUCAUAUUUACUACUGAAGUUGGAACAAGCUCAUCCGAAUAUGAAAUCUAUUGUCAUUGAUGCUAUCGUUGAUAUCGCAUUGAGACCGAAUGCGGAUUAUCAUACCACUUACUAUUCUGUUAUUACUUUAAACCAAACCAUCUUAAAAAGAUCAGAAGACUCUGUUGCUAAUAAAUUAGUAAAAACAUACUUCACUUUGUUUGAAAAAUUCUUGAUUAAUACUGAUAAAGACAAUACCAAUGGCGUUGUUAAGAGUAACUCAAAGUCGUAUGAGGAGAAAAGAAAGAAGAACUUUAAAAAGGGUAAACACGGUGGUAAAUCUGUAAAAAUCGAAAAAACGGAAAAUGAAGUUUUAGAUGAAAAGAACUCAAAAUUAUUCAGUGCUUUGUUAACAGGUAUCAAUCGUGCAUUCCCAUUCGCUCAGAUUCCAGCGUCUGUCUAUGAAGUACAUAUGGAAACUCUUUUCAAAAUCACACACUCCUCUAACUUUAACACCUCAAUCCAAGCAUUAGUUUUGAUUAAUCAAGUCACCGUCAAAGCAAAGUUGAACAGUGAUCGAUAUUAUAGAACAUUAUACGAAAGUUUAUUUGACCCCAGACUGGUGAACUCUUCUAAGCAGGGUAUUUACUUGAAUUUACUAUACAAAUCAUUAAAACAAGAUGCACUCAACGUUGAACGAGUAGAAGCCUUUGUCAAGAGAAUUCUUCAAGUUUGUUCUCAUUGGUUGAACGUCGGCACCAUUACUGGUUUUUUCUUCUUAUUAAUCCAGUUGGCUAAAACAGUUCCACAAAUAAAAAAUCUUCUAACCAACACGCCAGUUGAUUACGAGUAUGAAUCUGAUGCAGAAGAGGAGCAAGGGGACAAGGACAUAAAAAGGAAGGAAUACGACGGCCGCAAGCGUGAUCCAAAGUUCGCCAAUGCUGAAAAAUCUUCUUUAUGGGAAAUCAACAACUUCAUCAAUCAUUUUCAUCCUACUGUGAAAACAUAUGCAAACGCCUAUGUGACAGGAGAAACAGAGCAAAUAGCUAAACCAGACCUGGGUCUAUUUACUCUAUCACACUUCCUUGACAGAUUUGUCUACAGAAGUGCCAAGCAGACCAAUACAGCAAGAGGUACAUCUAUUAUGCAACCUCUGUUUAGUGGCUCACGAGUUAAUGACUCUGUCUUAGUUAAGGCAUCUGAUAUUAUGCAUGACCAGGGUCCCGUGAACACUGAAGACUGGCUAACUAAAAAAGUUGAAGAUAUCAAACCUGAAGAUAAAUUCUUUUAUCAAUAUUUCACUACCAAGAAAACCGCUGAUGGAAAAGGAAAGAAAUCUAACAAAGCAUCUAAUUUCGAUAGUGAUGACGAAAUGGAUGAAAAUGAAAUUUGGAGUGCUUUGGUUAAAUCGAGACCAGAUGUUGAAGAUGAUAGCGACGACAGUGAACUUGACUUCGCUGAAGAUGAUUUCAGCGAUUCAACUAGUGACGAUGAACCUAAGCUGGACGCAAUUGAUGAUGAAGAUGCUAAAAGUGAAGGCAGCCAAGAAAGCGAUCAAGAAGAAGGCCUCGAUGAGGAUAUUUUUUACAGUUUCGAUGGAGAACAAGACAAUAGUGAUAAAAAACGUUCCUUCGCUGAAAGUAGUGAAGAGGACGAGAGCAGCGAAGAAGAAAAAGAAGAAGAAGAAAAUAAAGAGGUAUCCGCAAAAAGAGCAAAGAAGAAGCAGAGAAAGAAUAUGCUCAAAAGUCUACCGGUAUUUGCAUCUGCCGACGAUUAUGCUCAAUAUUUAGAUCAAGAUUCAGACUAG